GAUGUUUACGUAAGGAUCUGCGACGAGCCAAGCAAGCUCGCCUCGCCCAUCGUGCCCCGUGAAUAUUGUCACGCGAAAUUGACUCGUUCGCUACACUAGUACGUGCCUCGAUUACAUCGAAGUUGGACGAGCGACAAACUUGCGUGUGUGCGCGCUUACGGCCACGCCUUUUUAAUUACAGUCGACCACGUGAGCCCGCCGCCUACUCAAAGCCAGCGUGCCAUUUUCGGCCGGUUAAAAAUGAUCAUCGGACAUUGCGAAAAUGGGCACUUGUGCUGCUGUGAGCCGAGCUAGCCCUGUACGCAUAGCCGCCUACGACUCUUAGUGAGGUGCGGCUGUGCCCCCCGUGAAGGAUGGAACGGAUAUUCCACGAGAAGCAAGAAGGCUCGCUGUGUGCCCAGCACUGCCUCAACGGACUGCUUCAGGGCGAAUACUUCACCGCUGUCGACUUGGCAACGAUUGCCCAGCAAAUUGACGAGCAGGAACGCGAGACAAUGGCCGAAGGCGGCCUGAACAGCGACGACUACCAGCGUUUUGUGCAUCAACCAUCGGGGAACCUGGACGACAGUGGCUACUUCUCUGUGCAAGUGAUUGCCAGCGCACUCAAAGUGUGGGGCCUCGAACUUGUGCCUUACAGCAGCACUGACGCGGUGGCGCAGGCAGCUCAAGCAGAUCCUACGCAGUCUACGGCCUACAUAUGCAAUUACAAGGACCACUGGUUCACCAUCCGCAAGCUGGGCGGCCGAUGGUUCAACCUCAACUCGCUGCUGUCGGGGCCUCAGCCCAUCUCCAGGACCUAUCUUGCACUCUUCCUCGCUCAGCUGCAACAGGAAGGUUACUCCAUCUUCGUGGUGGUGGGCGAACUGCCACAGUGCCAAGCGGACGACUUUCACGAGGAAGACAGCGACCCCGACCUCCAAGAGGCGUUGCAGCAGAGUCUGCAGGAGAGCCAGCAGGCCAAGACGCCCACUGAGGCGUCCACGUUGUCCGACGACGAAAUGCUCGAGGCCGCCCUAAGACUUUCCAUGGAAAGCUGACCAUACCGGUGCAUCGAAACCACAAACUAUGCAAUGUUCCGCGUUACAUACAUCCCGUUGAUUUUAUUUGUAACACAUGUUGACACUGCGCUCGCAAGGUCAAACCGUGCGACUGCGUGCAGCGAACUGAGAAGGUGCUGCAGGAGCACACUACACCAGUGAAAGUUGUUCUUCAUUGUGCGUGUACUGCAAUACGUUAGUCUCGAGCCCAAAUAAAUCUAUGCAGGAUCACCA